AUGUCUCGCGGCGAACCACUACAGGCCUUAGGAGGCAAAGGUCACCAUGACAUCAAAGAUCUCAUAGCAAACACGGAUAUCGUAUUCAUGUCCCUCAGCGACGACGCAGCGCUGGAAGCAACGCUGAGCUCCAUCCUGGACAACACCUCGGCCGAAGACUUGGCCGGUAAGAUCAUCGUCGAUACAUCUACCGUCCAUCCUCUGUCAUCUGGACAGGCCCGGGAUCGCUUAGCGGAGAGAAACGCAAAGUUCGUAGCCGCACCGGUAUUUGGUGCGAGUCCUGUGGCGGCGCAGGGAAAGCUUCUCUGGAUCAUCGCUGGGCCUGAAGAUGCCGUGAAGGCCAUUAGCCCGUUCGUCGUAGGAGUUAUGGGUCGUGGAAUCAUUCGUCUUGGCGAGGAUGUGCAACAGGCUACUACAAUGAAAACUGCAGGAAACUUCAUGACCGCCGGCAUGAUGGAACUAGUCGCCGAAGCCCAUGUUUUCGCCGAGAAGACCGGCCUGGGGACUGACGCUAUGGAAGCACUCAUUGAGCAGCAAUAUGGACCUUUGGCCUUAUCUAUGUCGAAACGCCUGACUACUGGUGCUUAUCUACCAGCACGCGAUGAGAGGCCAAUGUCCGAUCUCGGGCUGGCACUGAAGGACGUAGGGCACGGCAUCGACUGUGCAUCAAAGUCUGGUUCAAGGCUAGAAGUUGCUGAGCUGGCUCUGAGACAUCUGAAAGAGGCGAAGGACUAUUCGGACGCUGAAAAUCGUCCACUUGAUUCGUCUUCCAUGUAUGGAGUGAUACGCAGGGAGGCCGGUCUGUCAUUUGAGACGGACCUUGUGAAGAAACGGGAUGAUGCCAAGUCCUGA